CUGGAAGACGCGUUUAAAGAGCCAAACGCGUGAGGUCUCCGGCUGCUGGCUUGGCAGGUGACGAUGGCUGCGGAACCCAAGAUCGAGCUGUUCAUUAAGGCCAGCGAUAACGGUGAGAGCAUAGGGAACUGUCCGUUCUCCCAGCGUCUGUUCAUGAUCCUUUGGUUAAAGAGAGUCAACUUCACCAUCAACACAGUAGAUGUGAAGAGGAACCCUGAUGUCUUGAAAGAGAUUGCUCCGGGGAGCCAGCUGCCCUUUCUUAUCUACAAUGGUGAGCUCAAGACAGAUAAUAACAAAAUUGAAGAAUUUUUAGAAGAGGUUCUCGCUCCUCCCAAGUACCCAAAACUGGAUGUCAGAUACAAGGAGUCCAGGACUGCAGGUGAUAACAUCUUCCAGAGAUUCUCAGCUUACAUUAAGAAUCCACUUACUGCAAAGAACGAAACUUUGGAGAAGUUGUUCCUGAAAGCGCUCUUGGAAUUGGAACAAUACCUGAACACACCUUUGCCACACGAGGACAGUUCUCGGCCAUCAGAGCGAUUAUUCUUGGAUGGAAAUGAGCUGACGCUAGCCGACUGCAAUCUCCUGCCUAAACUCUACAUUGUCAAGGUUGUAUGCAAGCAUUAUCGGAACUUUACUAUCCCGAAGCAACUCAGAGGCCUGUGUAGGUAUCUGGAAAGUGCAGAAAAACGUGAAGAGUUUAUGAAUACCUGCCCCAAUGAAGAAGAGAUUAAACUGGCAUAUAAAAAUGUUGUGAAAACACUAGUAUAGAUUUUGGUUUCUAGAGGUGUAUCAGAAAUCACCUCCUGUCAUGGGUCUGUUUUUAUGCUGAUAAUUAGAACUGUCAAGCUUUAAAACAAUACAGCAUUCUCACAUACAAAUCUCUCUGUUCAUAUUGGAUGUUGUGUUUCUGGAGCCUCAAUUUCUAAAGGGCCACUGGGGCCUUCUGAAAGUCCAGAUCACCAAAAUACGAAGAGGAGACAGCUCAUUAGAAUGACUAGUUCCUUUAGCUCUGUAUUGAUGUAAUUUCAUGAAUGAGAGGGUUAGAGUAUGGGAAAUGUAAAAUAUAUUAUUCAUCCCAACUCCACUCAAUAAUGAUUUCAUUGAAAUUUUGGCAAAAUUUUCUUUAGAUCUUCAAAGGAUUCCAAAGUACAUUUAUUUAUCAAAGAAUAUAUAAAUUAUACACCUUGAGAUUUGUCUGCUUACAGGUAGCCACAAAGCAAGGAACCUGAAAGAACCCAAUUUAAAAAAAACUUAGAAAAUCCACAGCACAGUAGAGGCCCUUCUGCCCACAGAGUUGUGCUGAACAUGUCCCUAUCUUAGAAAUUACUAAGCUUACCCAUAGGUAUCUAUUUUUCUAAGCUCCAUUGUUAGAAAGACUAACACCCAAUGUUCAGAGAAGGAGGGAAAAAAAAAACACAAAUCGUGCAAACAAUCGAAGCAAGCAACAGCAUUCUGAACCAAAUUUGAGUCCAUAGACGUGAUUCCCCGGAACAGUUAGAGUAGGCCCAAGCCUCGGUCUCAGUUCAUCAUAUAGCUUUUGGCUUGUUUUAAAGAUGAAGGUUCAAAUAAUCUGAAGUUAAUGUUGCAGACAAGCAAAACCUUUGUGAAAUCUCUAGCUUAAUUAAUACCAAUGUGUGCCUUCCAAUAAAGUUAAAUUGUAUAUUUUUAUUAAUAAGUCUGUUCUUGUUGAGAAAAUUACAGGCCUGAGAGAUUUGACUGAAGAACGUGGCAAUUCUAAUUAAGAUGACACAAUUUUUCUAGAAGGCUGAAAAACCUUAGAAACAGUUUAAAAAUUCUUGAUGUUCCAAUGCAGCAUGACAGAUUGGUGGAAGUGAAACAUAAUUAGACAAAAUUUUUUAAUUACUUGAAUUUAAACUCCCUACUUAUUAAAUUUAUGACCUAAGUACAUAUACGUUACCAUAUACAACUCUGAGAUCUGUUUCUUGUGGGCAUACUCAGUGAAUCCAAGAAACAAUAGAAUAGAUAGAGUGAAUGCAAGCAGGCUUUUUCCACUGAGGCUGGGGGAGAAAGAAACCAGAGGAUAUGGGUGAAGGGGGAAAAGUUUAAAGGGAAUGUUGGGGGGGGGCUUCUUCACACAGAGAGUGGUGGGAGUGUGGAAUGAGCUGCCAGAUGAAGUGGAAAAUGCAGUCUCACUUUUAACAUUCAAGAAAAACUUGGACGGGUACAUGGAUGAGAGGGGUAUGGAGGGAUAUGGUCCAGGUGCAGCUCAGUGGGACUAGGCAGAAAAAUGGCUUGGCACAGCCAAGAAGGGCCAAAAGGCCUGUUUCUAUGCUGUAAUGUUCUAUUGUUCUACUCACAGCAGAUUACUUACAGCUCAUUACGCCCUGGCAUUUAGGGCAGCAAUGAAGGUCUUCCAUCUCUGUCUGUGCGUACCAUCGCAAACAGAUACAGAAGGAUUAUUUAUUGCUGUUUCUGUAACGGUUUUGUUUGACCAGCCAGAGUUUUAGCAUUGAGCUAAAUCCCAUAACCUGGAGGACUGUUGGACCAUUCUUCAUCUGGACUCUACCCUUGACUUGUUUGGCAUGGGUGACACUACCAAGAGCCAAAGCAUAAAGCCCUGAGUCUAGCCAACCCAGUUCUCUGAGUCAUUGAGACAUGCAAGCCUCCAAACCCCAUGACAAGUUUGAGGUCCUCUUAGAGAACUCACCGCAGAUACAGAGAUAUAAAAGAAGUAUACUCUGUUAUCAAAUAUAAAUAACUUUUACCUUUUGCUUUUGUUGGUGAAAUUCUAAUUUUAAUUAUCAGAUAGUGAUAAUGCAGAUAAACACUCAAGUGAUUACACCAGUACAGACCCAUCAAAGAAAUCAAGCAUUGCAAUUAGUAUUGAUCAAGCACACAUUCUGCAAUAUGCUUAAUCGGUAUUUAGAUUUGGAAUUAAAUCUGCUUAAGUACUUUGAAUCAAAUUUCAUAUUUCUAUCUGUGUAUGUUUAAACACCUUAAAGUAUGAUUUAAAUUAGGUUGUGGUGAAAAAUAGUUAUAAUAAUUGUUAGCAGAAUUAAAUUACUUAGUUUUUCUGUUACAGAUUUAGAUUUCAGUACUGCUUACUUCUCCUUUCUAUUAAAUUUUAUCAGCUCCAGGAGAGUCAAUAGUUGACUUACUCAAAUGAAGGAUGUCACUGCUGUAUUAUAUACUGUAUAUUCUAUUUUUAAAUGUUGUACCUCAAAUGUUGGAUCUGCAGUGUUAGAGAAGAAACCUUUAGACCUCAGAGCAGGGUUUCCUGACCUUUUUGUAUGUUACGGUGCGUUACCAUUAAUUGAGUGGUUUGUAGACUCUAAGUUGGGAACCCCUGCCUUAGAAGGAUGUUGAUGGCCUUAUUAGUACACCAGAAAAAUAGCAAAUGAGCAGUGUAAUGUGAUGCAUUUGUAGAGGUGCAACAAGGCAAGUUAAUAUACUGAAUGGUAUAUGGAACGAUAUUGAAUAGGUACGAUGCAUGCGAUGAUAUUGAAUAGGAACUGAGGGACCUGGAAAUGCAUGUGCACAGAUCCUUAACAGAGACAGGACAGGGUUGAUAUGGUUAAAAUGUAUACAGAAUGCAAACCAUUAUGUGCUGGGGCUAAAGAGAAUAUAAGCAAAGAUUGGAGAUAAUGUCAGGAUGUGCACGAUUAUUGCUAGACCACAGCUUCAUACUGUACAUUGUUAUUAAUGGAGAAAAGUUAUUCCACUAGACAAGAAACAAGAUUGGAACAUUUUAGAGAUGAGAAUGUAGAUGCUGGACUCUGGGGCAACAAUCGACUUCAUGAAUUUAAGAGGUUGAGCAGAGUCCAUGGGGGAGUGAAUUGUUGACUUAUUAGGUCAAAUUCUUCUUCAGAAUUUUGUUCUCCCAGUAUAUUGCUUCUUGAUCUUGAAAAUUGUAGGUACUAUUGCCUUUGCAGAGGGGUCAAACCAGAGUACAUAGACUUGAAUGGUAGAAGGAUUAGGGAGGAAACCAUUUGAAGGUCAGGAGGGUGAUUUUACAGUCCCCAUUAUGUUAAGCAUUGGUAGGCUGAAACGUUAGAAGAUGCAAACUAGUUUUGUUAUUAUGGGGAGUUUGCAGUGCACUGAACAACAAUAUAAAUGGUGCGAAUUAAUAACAGGCACCAUUAAAAUAAGCUUGAUCUUGCAGUUACGUAUUGAGUCAUGAUAUCUUGCAGUACAGAAACAGGCUCUUUAGCCCACCUCAUGCAUGCCAACCAUCACAUACUCAUACAUACAAAUCUCAUUUACCAGUACCUGGUCUGUGCUGUUAAUAGAAGUUUAUUUAUCAUUUUAUAUCUGAAUUCUUCUAGAUUAAAUCUCUGUGCUUAGUGUUUACUAUUACUGCUCACUGAGAUAAUGCACCUUAUUUAUCAAAAGUAGUGUUGCCACAAAUAAGCUAUUUUCACAAUUGAUGGAUUCCUGCUGCUCAAUGUACAAGUAAUGCUUCUACUGAGGAAUCUUAAACCAGAAUUUUUUGUCACUGCUUCCGUAGUCCAUGAAGAAUCCCCAUCCAUGUUGAGCAGUUGCAUUGGUUCUCUGAUUCCUAGUGUGGAAUCAUAUUCCUGUGUCCAUGAAAACUAUGGAAACUCCAGCUGUAAUCUCUAAUCUAUUUUGCAGUGGCAGAUCUCAACCAGGUCAGUGGUUGAAACCCUUUGUUAGCAAAGACCCAGAUUCACAGAGUGCAUGGUGCUGCCUAUUGAGUGGUUAUAAGUCCAGGGCAGGGUCAGAUCUAUGAUCUUCAUGGUACUGAUUGGAACAUAUGCUUAUGCUGCUUAUCCUCAUCUCCCAAACCUCCAACCCACCAUCUGGAUGGACAUUGGCAGCAAGCACCAGUUUCUAGUACUAUACCUUGUCAUAGUUUCUCCCCAUGUUAUAACUCAUUAGGCCCACGUCUGACGGGGCCACGUUCUGCAACAGCCUACCUAACAGUACUAUGGGGUUACCUACACCUCAGAUACUAAAACAAUGGAAGAACCUGUCCCAUCAGCAUUAGGGUGGUUAGUGCUGGGCAAUAAUUGGUGCACCUCUUUAAUCAUAAAUGACGCUCGUAUUGUUCUGCAUCCAAUGACAUUCUCCUGGUAAUUAAAUCUGGAAUAACUUGUGUUUAAGUUGCUUUGCACUGUGUUUAAUGCAGUAGUGAUUUCUAAAAUUAUUACUGAUUUAACAGAAUUGGUUGCUUGUAAAUAAUAUC